UCUCAAUUUGGAACCACACCCAGAUAAGCCCCAUUUCCUCAAAACUACCUAGUAUUAUGAUUUACCCAUUAGUCUCUUCAGAAAACCAAUCAUGGAGAACAUUAAUCACCCCACAGAUCUUGAAGAACCACAAAAUCCAAUCCUCCUCGUUAAAUUUGAUGAUGAAAAGACCAAUCCUUUGUUUUCAUUCCCAAAACCCAGAAACCCAAAUAAAAAACCCACCCAAAGGAGCCACCUUGGUGACCACCCCAACACAAGUUCUUCAGAGGAAAAAGGGUGAGAAAAAAAGGAGAGAUUUUGAGGAGAUAAAAAGAGAUAAUAAUGAAUCACAAUCUCUUGUGGGUAGUAGAGAAAUGUUGGUUUUGUGUGGAUUUGGGUAUUGGGUUCAGGGGUUCAGGUGCUUUCCAUGGCUGGCUUUGAACUUCCACAUGACUCACUCUCUUAACUUGAGCCCUUCAAUCUUGCAGCUUGUUCAGAACUCUGGUAACUUGCCAAUGGUCGCCAAGCCUCUUUAUGGGAUCUUGUCUGAUGCAUUUUCUAUUAAUGGUGCUCGUAGAAUACCUUAUAUUUCCAUUGGAGUUAUUUUGCAGGUCUUAUCUUGGGGAUCACUAGCACUUAUUUCUGUUACUGGUCAAUCUCUUCCCACACUUAUGGCGUUUGUUCUUCUUAGCAACUUUGGAGCAUCUGUUACAGAAGUAGCAAAAGACGCUCUGGUCACGGAAUACGGUAAAGAACACGGCAUCAAUGGUCUCCAAUCUUAUGCAUUAAUGGCUUCAGCUGCUGGGGGAAUCCUUGGCAACUUACUAGGUGGAUACUUCUUAAUGAAAGCGCCACCUAGAACUAUGUUCCUAGUAUUCACACUUUUGCUUUCCCUUCAACUUGGGUAUUCCCUAAGAACAAGGGAGGAAUCUCUAGGUUUAGCAAGAUUGCCGCAUCACAAACUUGUGAAGAAUUCAAUUUCAGAAAGUAUUAGCGGACAGUUUUCUGAACUAAGAAUGGCAAUUGGUGAUGAGAGCAUCUUUCGCCCUCUUGCUUGGUUAGUUGCUUCCAUUGUCAUGGUCCCAAGUCUUUCAGGUUCCAUCUUUUGCUACCAAACACAAUGUUUACAGCUCAAUCCUUCGGUCAUUGGCAUGUCCCGAGUUAUCGGUCAGUUGAUACUUCUUUCCACGACCGUUCUUUCCAGCCGUUACUGGAGGAAAGUCCCCAUGAGGAAGUUGGUCAGCGCGGUUGAGCUUGUUUAUGCCAGUUCUGUUCUCCUUGACCUUGUUUUAGUGAAACAGAUUAACCUUGAGGUGGGGAUUCCAAAUGGAGCAUUUGCUCUUUGUUUCUCUGGAUUGGCCGAAACUAUUGCGCAGUUCAAACUAUUACCUUUCUCAGUUCUUUUUGCCAACCUAUGUCCAAGAGGUUGUGAAGGUUCACUUGCCUCCUUCUUGGCUUCAGCUUUGUGCUUAUCAUCAAUAGUCAGUGGUUGUCUUGGCAUUGGAUUGGCACUUUCGCUUGGAAUAACUUCAGGUGAUUACUCGAAAUUGCCUGCGGGUGUUGUGUUCCAGUUCGUUGCAGCCUUAGCACCGUUGUUAUGGAUUCAUCAUCUGCCAAUGUCACAAAAUACAUCUGGGAAGGAGAGGAGGAGAGGUAUGAGUAAGAGAACCCGGCGAAAUAGGCGAGUUGGAAGAGUGGUGCUUGGGUCGGUUUAUGUAUACCGGCGCGAGAGAGAAUCCGAAAUGCAGAGUUGAUCAAUUUGCUUUGUGUCAACAGCUGAAAAUUUUCUUCUAAAAGAGCUAGUGAUGGAAUUGUUUGCGGUCCAAACUUGUCAUUGCUUUUUGUCUUCGGACAACUUGAGUUGAUGAUUUCACACGAGGCUUUUCAUCUCACAAUAAUGAUUGGUGACUCGAAUGUCUUUGAGACAGGAGCCGAGACCAAUUGCUCUCUCUUCUGCCAAUGAUUUUGACGUCUGAAGAAUGUAACCUCUUUGCUGCAAAGAAAUUUUGGUUUUAAUCCCA